AUGCGGAUCGCUACCUCACUUUCUCCCACAAGCAAGGAUCCAGUCAUUAUUCGUUUUGCUAUACGAAAAGGUACUCAGACUACGGGCACACACCGAGAUUCGUCACUAAAUUAUCAACGGUUUCUCAGAAGCCAUUCCGCAUUCCCUGCACUUCAAGUCUCCAGGGCAAGUGCCUCACUCAAGAAAACUUUGGAAUGGCGACGCUUCUCUGACCCGAGGGGUCUGCUUACUGAAGCAGAAUCCGUCCUUCAAGACUUGGACUUGUGCCAUAUUACUUUAAUUGAGGGUCAAUAUGUGCUUUGGGUUACCAUUGAUGAGAUGACUAUUAAGGGACACUCACCAAUACAUCAAAGCCUGACGACAUCUAAAGGAUUGGUCAAGUUAGGUAUUGCUGUAAUGGAGAAGCUCUCCAUGCUUUUGCUGCAUGCAGCCGCUAGUUCUGAUCUACAUGACUAUUCAGCCUCCUGUGUGAUUGAAUUUAAGAUACAUGCCACUCAAAAUACCGAGGAAGGGCAACAUUCCUUCCAGCGAAAACUCUGCAAUGCCCUCGAAGAAUUGGUGACAUUCAUUCGGUAUCACUAUCCUAAUAUUCUGGGAAAGGCAUAUAUCAUCAAUCCUCGUGAUGAAUACCUCGCAUAUCUUGAUAUCGAUGACGCUCUCUUGAGAGAUACGGUACUGCUGAAGGAUCCUGAGGAUCUUGGUCGAUAUCUUGGCUCACAACUUCCACUUCGAUAUGGCGGUACUGGGGAAUCUUUUGCGGAAUCUGAUUUUCUCCAUAGUUACUGUCUUGCGAAGGAACCAAAAGAGAACAUCGGUCUUGAGACCCCGGAGACCAGUGCCGCAGCAAGUACUGACAUGGAGAAGACCGGGGUGGAAAAGGAAACGGCAGCUUCCGCUAUGAAUGCCGGCUGCACCUCUUCCGAAGACUUGGAAACAGAAGAGCAAAAACCUCGCCUAAUUUACUCAGAAACCAUUGGACCUCCACCUAUCAUACUCGACCCUGGCGAUUUGCAGACGGCAGACGACCUUUGUCCCGACAAAAUGGGCGCGCGUCUUGUUUUUGCAGAUUCAGAGACAGUUGUGAAAUUCGGUCAUGGUGUUGCUUUAAGUGAAGCCGAAGCGUUACAUUUGGCAUCGACCCGUACGACCAUAGCAACACCAAGGCUUCUCAGUGCAUAUAUUCUUGACGAUGUUGGAUACAUUGUAAUGUCAUAUGUAGCGGGCGAGCCACUCGAACAAUACUGGGACCGUGCUUCGCAGGUUGAGAAAGAUUGCAUACUGGAGCAAUUACGGGACUACGUGAACCAGAUGCGGGAGAUUCCAGGGGAUUUCAUCGGUGGACUUGACAGAUCACCCUGUCGAGACGGCAUAUUCGAGGCCGGCUACGGCGACUACACUAAAUACAGCUAUGGGCCAUACCUAUCCGAAGAAAGCUUUGACGAAGGAAUCAUUCAAGCUUUGCGAGACCGAUUGCCCCCGAAAGUGCUCGAACGUGAACAUGACAUCGAAUCCAACUUUUUCAACAACGAGUACGUGCUGUACCAGACGGUCCGAGGUCUCAAAAAUCACAAGAUCUUGUUUACACAUGCGGAUUUACAUCCAGGGAAUAUCAUUGUUCGGACUGAUGGCACUGUUGUUCUAUUGGAUUGGGGCCUAGCUGGAUUUUGGCCGGAAUAUUGGGAGUUCUACCGUGCCAUGCAUAAUCAACACUGGAGAGCCUCAUGGGGUCGCAUGGUGGAGAAUUUUAUUCCGCCUUUUUAUGUUGAGUAUAGCGUGAUUAAAAGGGUAUUCGCGAUCGCGUGGAAUUAA